ACCACAAGAAACCUCAUCUCUUCAAACGCAUCUCCUCCCCCAUCACCACUCCUCUCUAAUCUCUCGCUCACCCUUCCAUCAAAUACAUGGCGCUUAAUCUGACAAGCUCAUUCCUGCAAAUUAAACCACUUUCUCCUCCACUUGUGCCCAUCGGAAAGGUGAAGGUCAGUGCAGUGGGAAAUUCCGCCCUGCAGGUGACGUGUAGGAAGAAGGACAUACACCCUCAAUUCUAUGAGGAUGCGAAGGUGUAUUGCAACGGGGAACUGGUGAUGACCACUGGUGGGACCCGGAAAGAGUACGUGGUGGACGUUUGGUCCGGUAACCACCCAUUCUAUCUUGGAAACCGAUCGGCUGUCGUUGUCGACGCCGACCAGGUCGAGAAGUUCCGCAAGAAAUUCGGUGAGCUUUCGCAGAUUAUGGAAAUCCCUGUACUUAAAGGUGAAAUUGUGUUGCCUUCUAGGCGCAAAUCCGCUGGCAAGGGCAAGAAGAAAUAGGAGAGAUCGAUGAAAAAAGGGUAUGUUUUUAUUUGAUGAAAUUCAUAGUUUGGAGUUGAAAUUGCUGCUAAUUUGUGUUUAGAUUUUGGUGCUUGUAUAAUGCUACUAUCUGUUGAAUCUUGAUGCUAAUGUAUGGGUACAAUGAUCGAAAGUGUAGCAGAAUACAACAAAUUGAAUUGAAUUA